AUGAUUGACCUAGACCCAAAGCAGUUUGAAUAGAUAUGAAUUUUAUAUAUUUGUUUUGUGAAGAGGAACAAUUGGAGGUGUUUCGAGGAGGGAUCGAAUAGGCUUUUACAUGUAGUUAUGAUUUAUUUUACAGGGGAAAAUAUUUAGAUAUGAAGGCUCUGUAUAGAAGGUUUCCUGGAUAUUUACAUUUGCGGCAGUAUUCCUCGAAUGCAGCAGCUGCCUUCCUCCGCGAAUCCCCGGAUGUAAAACCUUUUAAAGAAAUUCCAGGAGCCACUGGGAAAUUUGCAAUACCAUAUUACAUCGGUAACACGUUCCUCUUAAAAUCUCUUGGUUGCUUAGAAUAUCCGGUCGAUUUGAAGAAGUUUAUGACUGCAAUCCAUAAAAGAUACGGUGAUAUUGCGAGAAUAAGGACUACUACAAAUAAAUGGGGAGUGUUCCUUUUUCAUCCAGAUCUCGCUAAAGAGGUCCUAGAAAUACAGAUAAAGAAUCCUUUCCGUCCGCCCAUUGAUGUCCUUAGGAUUUAUAAUGAGAAAGAAAAUCUCAGCCAAAGUUUGGCAACGUUGAAUGGCGAAGAGUGGGCCAAGCUUCGGAAACCAUCGCAGGAAUUGAUACUAAGACCAGUCGCUGUGUCUGCAUAUGUUGGAAUCUUGUCUAGAGUGGCAGAGGAUUUCGUAGAGAAAUAUAAACAUGGCGGAAAAAUAGAUGAUCUCCGGCCUACACUUGUCAACUAUGCUACUGAGAGCGUAGGCAUGCUUUGCUUCAAUAGACGUCUUGGAUGUCUUCAUGACAAACCUGUGAUUGACAUUACUCUUUUGGAAGACUUGUUUGACGCCAUAGACCGGGAUUUGAAGAGUAUUGGUAUAAAACCUUAUCGUUUCUUUAACACACCACUAUACAGGAAAUUUAAGAAAGGAGCAGACCAUAUUCAUAGCAUUUGUCAAACCGAAAUCAAAAGUGCCUUGAAAAAACUAGAAACUGCAGAACGGGACGGAAAGCUGAAGGAAUAUCUCCAAGAACCGAAUUUGUUGUACUCGUUACUGUGUCACCCUAAGAUGACGCUUAGAAGUGUAGAUAGAACACUUCUGGAUCUGUUCAUUGGUGGUGUCGAAUCAACUUCAAAUACUUUAACAUUUCUCUUAUUUGAACUGGCAAAGAAUCCUGACAAACAAGAAAAGCUUUAUAAUGAGAUUAUAUCUGUGUGUGGUCAAAAUGAUAUCACAAAAGAUACACUGGCAAAAAUGUCGUACCUGAAGGCCUGCGUCAGAGAAGCCAUGAGGAUCUAUGUACCAACCUCACCGGGGAUGUAUCGGUGUUUUGAGAAAGACGUGGUUGUUGGUGGAUAUCACAUUCCCGCUGGGACAGAGAUUGUUGUUUGUUUACAAGAGAUGUGCGAGGACCCCAGGUUUUUCAAAAGUCCUGAGAUAUUUCUUCCGGAAAGAUUUGUCAGAGGUGACAGUACUCUCACAGAGGAAUACAAAAACUCCAAUCCGUUUGCCAUCCUUCCGUUCGGAUUUGGUCCAAGAAGUUGUAUCGGACAACGAUUUGCAGAAACUGAGAUUCAUGUACUCACUGCAAAGAUUUUCCAGCGUUUGGAAGUUUCUCUUCCGUCAGGAACAAAUCCAGUUAUGGAGUAUAAAUACCGCACAUUUGCAACACCCAAACAUGCUGUACCGCUAAUGAUAAGACCUACGGAGAAUUAGAUUGCACGUAUUAAAAGAGAGAGAGAGAGAGAGAGAGAGAGAGAGAGAGAGAGAGAGAGAGAGAGAGAUGCACUACAUUCUUAUUUAUGGAUGCCAAAUUAUUUACCACUAUUUCUUAAGUUAUACUUUGAAUAAUUGUUAUUAAACUUAAAUAAAAAUUCUUAACAUUAAUGCCUUGUGGUAACACCGGUACAUGUAUUAUCUACGCAUGCGUAUGCGUAUUGUUUUUAUUUCAUUGAUCAAUUUUGUUGAAUUUAUCGCCAUUAUUUAUAUAAUACAGAUGAAAUAAUUAAACUGAGAAUAAAAGUUUAAAGAAUAAUA